GGCACUAGGCUGUUCUUUUAAGGCAAACUACACUGUAAUUUUGGUUACAAUUAACUUGAAUAAGUCAUGUAAAAUCGAUGAAUUGAUUUUCUCCAUUUCCACACACGGUGACUGAUUAAUUUCCCCAGCCAAAACCAAGUUCGUAGCCUCUUUAGUUGCACAAUAACUGAUGAACCAAACCGAACGCAUUGUAACCGAGUUUGUCUAUUGCCUUCUUGUUAGCGGGGGCAAGAUGACCGCGCCUGUUCUCUACUAUCUGCCCCCGAGUCCUCCCUGCCGGAGCAUUCUGUUGCUGGCCAAGAUGCUCGGACUGGAGUUCGAGCUGAAGAUUGUCAACAUUCUGGAGGGGGAGCAGCUUAAGCCGGAAUUUGUGGCCAUGAACCCGCAACAUUGUCUGCCCACCAUGAACGACGAGGGUCUCGUGCUCUGGGAAAGUCGCGCUAUUCUCUCGUACUUGGUGGCGGCCUAUGGCAAAAGUGAUGAGCUCUAUCCAACCGACAUUCGAGUUCGCGCCUUGGUUGAUCAGCGACUACAGUUUGAUCUAGGAACUUUAUACCAGCGCCUCACCGAUUACUAUUUCCCAACCAUGUUUAUUGGCGCUCCUCUCGAUGAGGGCAAGCGAGCCCGGCUAACUGAAGCUGUUGGUUGGUUGAAUGUCAUUUUGGAAGGUCGCGAAUUUGCUGCCGCUGAUCACUUUACCAUUGCUGAUCUUACUUUGUUGGUCACAGUGUCACAACUAGAGGCCUUUGGCCUUGAGCUGAAACCCUAUAAACAUGUUCGUGCCUGGCUGGAACGCUGCAAGGAGCACAUGACGCCCUACGACUACGAGGAACUAAACGGCAGCAAGGCCAUUCUGCUGGCCGAUAUGUUCAAGGCCAAAAUGAAUCUCUCGACUCCCAGCACCUGAAGUUGUAUAAUGAAUAUUUGUUUUGAGUUUUCUUUAAUAAAUAGCUAUCGUUGUCAAAAACAUCUCGUUGAUUUUCGUCUUUAUGGAUAUUGUUUUG